AUGGAAGAGGACAAAGACGUCCCAUUGAUACUUGGCAGACCAUUUCUGGCAACAGGGAGAGCAUUAAUUGAUGUUCAAAGAGGUCAGUUGAUUUUAAGAUUGGGAGAGGAGCAUAUAUCAUUCAAUAUAUUCAAGGCAAUGAAAUUACCAGCAGAAUCUGACAGCUGUUAUCAAGUUGACAUUAUUGACAAGGCAGUACAAGAAACAUUUUUACUACAUGGUCCAUCUGAUGCCUAUGAGGCAUGUAUUGCACAAUCCCAAUCAAUCCAGUCAGAGUCUUUUGAAGUUGAAACAUGUGCAAGAUUUUUGGAGACCAACCCGCCAUACACACGAAAGAGGCACUUCGAAGAACUGGGGAUGGGAAACACAAAGCCACUACCUUCAGUUCAGCAGCUGCCAGUUUUAGAACUCAAACAACUACCGCCACAUCUCAGAUAUGCUUAUUUAGGAGAAUCAGAUACACUUCCAAUAAUCAUUUUGAACACAGUCAGUGAGAUGGAGGAGGAAAAACUGCUCAGGGUACUUAGAGAGAACAAGACGGCGAUUGGUUUGACAAUAGCUGACAUUAAAGGAAUCAGUCCUUCCCUGUGUAUGCAUAAAAUUUUAAUGGAGGAAAAUUGCAAGCCUAGCAUAGAAAGUCAGAGAAGAUUGAACCCAAACAUGAAGGAAGUAAAAGGAGGAAUCACAGUGGUGAAAAAUGAGAAGAAUGAACUAAUUCCCACCAGAACAGUUACGGGUUGGAGAGUUUGCAUUGAUUAUCGCAAACUCAAUGCAGCUACACGAAAGGAUCACUUCCCACUCCCAUUCAUUGAUCAGAUGUUGGAGAGGUUGGCUGGACAUUCACACUACUGCUUUCUUGAUGGAUACUCGGGCUAUAAUCAGAUACUUGUCGCACCAGAGGAUCAGGAGAAGACCACUUUCACUUGCCCCUACGGUACUUUUGCUUAUCAUAGGAUGCCUUUUGGUCUUUGCAACGCUCCAGCCACAUUUCAGAGGUGCAUGAUGGCAAUAUUCUCUGAUAUGAUUGAAAGGUUUAUCGACGUUUUCAUGGACGACUUCUCAGUAUUUGGAUCUUCAUUUGAUGAAUGUCUAAGCCACUUGAAUUUGGUCUUACAGAGAUGCAAGGAGACUAACCUGGUUUUAAAUUGGGAAAAAUGCCACUUUAUGGUGCAGGAAGACAUUGUACUUGGGCAUAGGAUAUCGGAAAAAGGAAUUGAGGUAGACAAGGCAAAAAUUCAAGUGAUUGAGAAAUUACCACCUCCUACAUCAGUUAAAGGAGUUCGCAGUUUUUUGGGGCACGCUGGGUUCUACCGGAGGUUUAUAAAAGAUUUUUCGAAGAUCACUAAACCUUUAUGCAAUUUACUAAUGAAAGAUGCAACCUUUGAGUUCAAUGACGAUUGUCUCACAGCAUUCAACACUUUAAAGGAAAAGCUUACGACAGCACCAGUAAUUGUAGCACCAGACUGGGAAUUGCCUUUUGAAUUGAUGUGUGAUGCAAGUGAUCACGCUGUAGGUGCAGUAUUGGAACAGCGGAGGAACAAGAUUUUUCAUGUGAUCUACUAUGCAAGCAGAACUCUAAAUGAUGCACAAAUAAAUUAUGCAACCAUUGAAAAGGAGCUAUUGGCUGUGGUAUUUGCAUUUGACAAAUUCAGGUCAUACCUCGUCGGAUCUAAAAUCAUCGUCUAUACUGAUCAUGCUGCAUUGAAAUAUCUGCUCACAAAGAAGGAUGCAAAGCCAAGAUUAAUUCGUUGGGUGCUGUUGUUGCAAGAAUUUGACAUUGAGAUACGCGACAAGAAGGGCACCGAGAACGUAGUGGCAGAUCACCUAUCCAGACUAGAACCUGGGGAGACGGAAGAUUUAGUGGAUAUAAAUGAGAUCUUCCCGGAUGAACAGAUGUUGAGAGUGGAUGAAGCACCUUGGUACGCAGAUAUUGUCAAUUACUUAGCCAGUUCCAUUCCACCGCCUGACUGCUCCAGUCACCAAAGAAAGAAAUUCUUCGCCGAGUUAAAAUACUAUUUCUUUGAGGAUCCAAUUCUCUAUAGACGAGGAGCUGAUCAGAUAGUAAGGAGCGGGCAAACUGAGGUAUCUAAUCGGCAGCUGAAGAGAAUACUAGAAGUCACUGUGAAUUCAUCUAGAAAGGAUUGGUCUAAAAAGCUAGACGAUGCAUUAUGGGCUUACAGAACAGCAUUCAAAACCCCAAUCGACAUGUCUCCAUACCGCCUAGUUUUUGGGAAAGCAUGCCAACUGCUAUUAGAAAUGGAGCACCGGGCAUAUUGGGCUAUGAAAUAG